AUGGAGCCGCCGCCGCUGAGCGCGCAGGACCACCGGCCCCCACCCCCGUCAGCCGCCCACCCGCCCGCGGAGCGCUGGCAGAGGGGCGGCGGCCGCCGAGCUGGGACCCCCACCUCUGCUCCUCUUUUCUUCUGCUGCUACCCAGCUCCAGGAUCAGGUGAUGCCCUGGGUUGUGAAGACCUGAAAAACCCUGAUGACCUCCAGGUGCUCAGCAACUACCUAGUGGACACAAGCUGUAUCAAGGGGUAUAUGCCAUUACAAACAGACGUGGCAAUAUUUGAAGCAGUCUCCAGACCACUACCUGCCAACGUGCAUUAUGCCCUCCGCUGGUAUAUUCACAUCAAGUCUUACAAAAAGGACAAGGCCAGCCUGUCAGGAGUGAAGAAAGCUUUGGGUAAGUAUGGCUCUGCCAAUGUGGAAGACACCACAGGAAGUGGAGCUACAGACAGUAAAGGCGAUGACAUUGAUUCCUUUGGAUGUGAUGAAGAGGAGGAAAGCAAAGCAGACAAGAGGCAAAGAGAAGAAAGCUUUGCACAGUAUGAGUCAAAGAAAGCCAAUAACGUGCACUUGUUGCUAAGUCUCCCAUGAAAUUAGAUGUAAAACCUUGGGAUGAUG